GCCUCUACCUCCACAAACUUUUUUCCUCCAUCCCGACAUCCAAUUUCGCCGCCACCCUAGUCAGUCGACGUCCACUACUUCAUCCCUUCUAAACGGUUUCUCCGCCGUCCGCUCUAGAAGCCGUUGCGGCCUUCACCCUCUAUCCUCAACUAGUGACCAUCUGCUAGUGCAACCAUGGAAAAUCAAAACGAUAAUCAUCAUGAAGAGGUGGAGCCAGUGCCGAAGAAGCAUAAAGGGAAGCACGACAAGCCGAAGCCGUGGGAUGAGGACCCGAACAUAGACAGGUGGACGAUUGAGAAGUUUGACCCGUCCUGGAACGAACGUGGCAUGCUCGAAGUCAGCUCAUUCUCCACCCUAUUUCCUCAGUACAGGGAAAAGUACUUGCAAGAGUGUUGGCCAAUGGUGAAAUCUGCAUUGAAAGAGUAUGGAAUUUCAUGUGAGCUAAAUUUGGUUGAGGGGUCCAUGACGGUGUCAACUACAAGAAAGACUAGAGAUCCUUAUAUUGUUGUCAAAGCCAGGGAUCUCAUUAAGUUGUUAUCAAGAAGUGUUCCUGCUCGGCAGGCAAUCAAAAUACUUAAUGAUGAAAUGCAAUGUGACAUCAUCAAGGUUGGCAACUUGGUUCGCAAUAAGGAACGAUUUGUCAAACGAAGACAACAUCUUGUGGGACCAAAUUCAUCCACGUUGAAGGCACUUGAAAUAUUGACAGGCUGCUAUAUUCUUGUUCAGGGUAAUACGGUGGCUGCUAUGGGCUCGUUUAAAGGUUUGAAACAAGUCAGGAAGAUUGUGGAAGACUGCAUGCUGAAUAAAUUGCAUCCUGUAUACAGUAUAAAGAUUCUCAUGAUGAAGAAAGAACUUGAAAAGGAUCCUGCUCUUGCUAAUGAAAGUUGGGAUAGGUUUCUCCCAAAGUUUAAGAAGAAAAAUGUUAAUCAGAAGAAGGUUAAGAGUAAAGAGAAAAAACCAUAUACGCCCUUUCCCCCGCCUCAACAGCCUAGUAAGAUUGAUAUACAACUGGAGACUGGAGAAUACUUUUUGAAUGACAAGAUUAAAUCAGCAAAGGAGUGGCAAGAGAAGCAAGGGAAGCGGGCAGAAAAAGAGGCUGAAAGGAAAAGGAAAAGAGAAGCUGCAUACAUCCCACCUGAGGAACCUGCUGAGCAGGAUUCUAACAAGUCCGAUGAGCAGAACAUAGAUGUGGCUGCUAUGACCGUGUCUUUAAAGAAAAUAUCAAAGGAGUUGAAAAAUCAAAAGUCUGCUGAGAAUAUCAAUCCGGAGGCAUAUAUUGCCGCAUCUGGAGAACGCUCUAAAAAGAAAUCUAAGCAUGCGUAAUCAAUGCAUGCAUUACUGAAGUUUUGAUACAAGUUGGUGGUUGAGGUGUUGCUAGAUUUUUUUUGCUGUUCUCCUCCUGGUGAUUUUGAUAUAUUGUAAUGUAUAUGCUUUGACAUUAAAACUAACGGCUGGAGCUGAGAUCAACAACUUUCAACCGAUUAGUAGCUUCAACCUCCUCUGCUAUGACUUCUAAUAACUCAUAUCGUCUGAAUCUGUUUCAUCACAUUGUCGUAAUGUUUCCCUACGAUUUGGCGAA